CUCAUUUUCUCUCCCUCUCCCUUAACCAUUUUUACAGUUCCAUCCUUCCCACUCUCCUCCAUACCAACACAACAGCACAUGUGUUUAUCUGACCACCACUGGAGCCAUGAAAACACCGCCACAAUCACCACCACCACCGCCACCACUUCUCAUUCUCCUCUUCCUCCUCCUCUUCACCACCACCACCACCCCAUCCCUCUCUCAACCUCUCCCCCCAACCCCUGCCCCCACCUCUCCUCCCUCAUCAAAACCCUCUUCUCCUUCCACUCUUGACCCAAAACAAGUCACAGCCCUUCAAUCCCUCAACAUCCCCACCUCAAAAGACCCCUGUGCUCAACCUUCCCUCCACAAUGCCACCCUCUGCGACUCCUCCAAACCCUUCCGCCACCUCAUCUCCCUCCGCCUCAGCAACUGCUCCUCCUACGUCGCUCUCUCCUUCACCGCCCUCAAAUCCCUCUCCACCAUCCAGUCCCUCCAGCUCCUCAACUGCCCCGUCGCCCCCAUCCGCUUCCCGCCGGAGCUCAUCGCCUCUCUCCGCUCCUUCACCUCCGUCAACAGCCUCAGCAAAGUCUCCGGCGUCUGGCUCUCACAGCUCGAAAAUCUCACCGAUCUCACAGUCUCCAAUGCUGAAGUCAAAGCCACUGGCCCUUACGUUAUCCUCAGCAACAUGAAGAAGCUCAGAACCUUAACCAUUUCCAACGCCAAUCUCACUGGCUCUCUCCCCGGACACGUUCAUUCCAACCUCACCCACAUAGAUUUCUCCGGCAACCACCUCAAAGGAAGCAUACCACCUUCCAUCACCAUGCUUGACAGCCUUCAAAGCUUGAUUCUCUCCUCCAAUGCGCUCACCGGUGAGAUACCCGCUUCCAUUGGCGACUUGAUUUCACUGAAGAAUCUGUCUCUGGCUUCAAAUUCGUUUUCUGGGUCCAUCCCAGAUUCAAUUUCUGCUGUACCAGGACUAGUACACUUGGAUCUGAGCUCAAACCAGCUCAAUGGGACCAUUCCAAGUUUCAUUUCACACAUGAAGAGCCUCAAGUACCUGAAUCUAGCUAACAACAAUCUUCGCGGGGUUAUGCCUUUCAAUGCGAGUUUCAUAAGCAAGCUUUCAGUGCUGAAUGUUGGUGGGAAUGGUAACCUGUGCUAUAACCAUUCUGUUGUGUCUUUGAAAUUGAAGCUUGGGAUUUCUCGUUGUGAUAAGUAUGGAAUGCCGGUGUCUCCACCUUCUAAGGAUUCUUAUGCGGAUGAUAGCGGUGACUACGACGACGGUGAUGAUGAAGAUGGUAGCAAGCAGAAGAAGGAGCAUCAUCAUGGGCCUAACAAGUUUGUUCUUGGUGUUGCUAUUGCGCUUUCUUCUAUUGUCUUUCUAAUUGUUUUCUUAAUUGUGUGCUCAAAAUGUCGUCGUUAAAAGCAAUUUUUGAUUCCAGGUUGUUUAGAUUAGGGGAAAAAAUUGAUUACUUAAUUGAGUGGAGGGCUUGUUUACUAUAUUUAUAUUUAUUAUAGUGUACAAUGAUGAUAGAGUAGGAUCAAGGAGUGAAAAGAGAAUGGAAAUGGAAAUGUAACUGGAAAACAAAGAUGGAAAUUUCAUGGAGAUUAUAUUUGUAAAAAUUUGCCCAAUGAAAUUGAGAGGAAAAAUGAGAAUCAUUAAAUUAAA